AUGUCAGAGAAAGCAUGUCUUGGGACUCGGAACUCCUGGAAAAUAUAUUACGAAGAUUUCGACGGGAAAACAAAGCAAGGUUCGUGUGAUGGAGAAUGUAACUACAUGAAGAUGAACUUAGAGAGUAUAUUGAAUGAAUGUAAUAGUGCUGACCAGGCAGCACAAAAAAUUGCAAAGGGCUGGUGUGCUAUGAACAACAAGUGCGGAAGGCAGAAACCGGCAAUGGUUGAUUGUUUCUCUUUCUACUAUUGGCUAGGAGAAGUUCUAUCUGGUUGUAUAGAAGGGGAAGCAGAUUUUAACGAUGCAAUGGGUAACAUUUGCACAUUAAUGGAAUACAGGGAAAAAGGGAAAGGAUACCCAUGUACAUGUCCUAGUGUAGCCAAGGGGCAAUUCCAAGAAUUAAAACUACUGUACGAUUAUUUUAAAAAUUAUACCCUAGUAACAAGUAAAAUACAGGGCAGAAGUAGUUCACUCAGUGGAGCAUGUGUAAAAUAUAGGCAAGAACUCCUUAGUACAUAUGUGAGAGCAACAACAACUUGUGCAGGUAAGAAGGAUACGGGAGAAUACUGUGAGGAACUCUAUGGAAUAGUCCAUACUGGCAGGGGAGUUAGAAAUCCUACAAGAGCGAAGCAGCUACUGGAAAGUUUAAAAGGUUCCGUAAGCACUAAGAUCCAUCAACAGAAGCAGGAACUUGUGCAAUCAGAUGGAACACAUACAAGUGCAAAACAACCUGUAUCAUUGAAAACAGAAGGAGCACAGAAUCCAGGAAAAAAUGUAGACGAUGGAACACGCGAACUUGCAGAAGGUGUAAGUGGUCCUAAAGGAGAAAAAGGUGAUCCAGGUAUAGGUGCCAAGAAUCCAAGGAAAGGGGAAACCGUUGAAGCCCACGACCAUCAGGAAGAUGCUUCCCGGAAGAAUUCUGGAGACAGUGGGGAGGUUGCAAAAGUAGGGAAUACACAGGAGAGUGUCCUUCCGGGCACGACUCCUAAAAAGGCUAAUGACCAAAGAAAUGGUAAAACAGAAAAAGCUGCUGAAUCAUCCGACCAAAGUCCAGCUCCAGGGUACAGUUCAAUAUUCUCUAGGAAACAUAACCCCUCCCUUAAAAGAGAAAGAAGAAGAAAAAGAAGUCCAGUAGAACAGAACUUGGAUAUGGAAACGGAUGACGACGAUUCCAUGGAAUAUUCUUCUACUGAAUAUUCAACAACAGAACAUUCAACAGAAGGAGGCUCCACUUUAGAUGACUCAACAUUUGAUUCGACGGAAGAAUAUACAGCGGAGGAUUCAGUGGAGAAUUCUAACACAUUAUACUCUGCUCCAUAUACUACUACUACACGACAAUCCACUGCAGGAAAAAGGAUAAAUACAACAGGAGGUCAUCACCGAAGGAAUAUACGUUAUCAUCCCGCAUAA